CUGCCGCUUCCCUUUUGGACUUUGACUCAAAUAUACCCUAUCAUACUUUUUUACGAAAUUUGAAAUUGUUACGUACUGGUCAAAUUAUAGUAGAUUUUGAAAUAAUAUUAGAAAAGAAUAGGGUCAUAUUUCAUGGUCCUCCAACCUCUAAUAAAUCACGGACGGUGAGGGGGAAAGUUAAGUUAGAAGUUGCUGGAAAGCUAAACGUGAAAGUAUGUGUUUUACAAGACCAAGAUUUACUACUGUUUGUCUAUACUCCCGAUCUUAUUCCACGCGAUACCGAUGAAUUAAAUUCUCUUAAUAAAGUCGUGGAUAUCGUAGAUAUCUUUGUGGAACGUGCAAUGCUAUUGAAUGAUGGUUAUAUCUCUGAUGGUCUUGAAUCUAUGAGAUAUAUUGGUUCAAAAAAAAAUGUCUUUGUUCAAAGCGAAUAUUUGAAAUCUUCCCUUCCUGAAACUGAUAUAGAAGAUUCUAGUCCUCCAACUGUAAUUGAUUCUGCUUCAAGAUUUAUCUCUGGUCCUUUCCGCUUUGAUUUACCGCGAAAUGAACGUUUAAAAUUACAAUGUAGACCAAUGGUUUUUCAGCUUCCCAUAACUGAGCCUUUUGUACAUGAUUAUGUUUUAUUUGGCAUUGAGAUUCGUCAUCGUUUACUUAUCUCCAUUCAAAUUGCAAAUCGACGUAAAGAUAUUAUUCGUUUCGAGGUCCCUAUCACUGUUGAAUCUAUAGUUCCAAAUUUGGAUUCAUUUCCGAGUCCUUGCAAUGUUUGUCAACCUCCUCAAUCUGCCUUACUUCAUUUUGCAAACAAGAUUUAUCAUGGUAAAAUCUUAGACUUUAGCAAGGAUCUCGUGCCUAAAAUGCCUAAAAAUCUUUCAAAUAAUUCUUUGGAUUCAAAGAAACCACACGAUCAACUUCCUCCUCAAGUCAUUAAAAAUAACGAAGAAAAUGAUAAAGUACAGCGGAUCGUUCCGUCAAGAUCUAGCAGUAUUCAAUAUAUCAACAGAAAUUCUACUAUUAAUAAUAGUAGCAAUAAUAGUAGCAUUCAUGAUGAUCAUCACAUUAACUUUAAGACUUUACCAAAACCUGUAUUUGCUACUGCUUCUUCAAAUAUUGUUGCUGAUAAACUUGCAAAAUUACAAUAUAUUUUGCAACAAAGACGAAGUCGUCGAAGAUCUAUGAGCGCUAAAAAUCCUGUCAAAAAAAGUCGUUCUUCAUCGUCCGCGUCUACUGUUAAAUUUGAUAAGGCUGAAAUAUUUGAUAUUAUGGCUACGCGUUCUGCUAAUUGCCCUAAUAUUCCUUUGGAAACGACAACGCUGACGGCUUAA